AUGAUCACCACAGCAAACACAGGGGAACUGGUAAAGGCUGAGCUGCUGUUGUCUGGGGCUGUGUUGGGCAUAUCUGUGCAUGUGGAGGCUGAGCUGCUGCUCUUUGGGGCUGCACUAGGCAAAUCUGUGCAGGUGGAGGCUGAGCUGCUGUUGUCUGGGCCUGUGUUGGGCAAAUCUGUGCAGGUGGAGGCUGAGCUGCUGUAUGAACUGGCUAUUUUCAAACAAUUCCAAGCAAAAUGUGCAUCAGAAACACUGGUGAACAUAUCUGUCAUCACCAGACCCUGCUUGAUAUCGGAGUUCAGGGAGAUGGCCGGGAUCAGAAGCUCCGAAAGCUGUGAGGUGAGAAUUGGUCACUCUCUGAGUGAAGCUGAGAGGCAGCAUUUGGCCAGAAGGAGAGAGACUGUUCUACAGUGUCUGAAGCAGCUUGGAAUAUCCUGCAGUGAGGAUGAGAUGCCUAACAUCGCAGUGCUGGGCUCUGGUGGAGGUUUGAGAGCUAUGGUUGGACUGCUGGGGUCACUGAGUCAGUUGAAAGAAGAUGGACUGCUGGACUGCAUCAUGUACCUGAGUGGAGUUUCAGGAUCUACCUGGUGCAUGGCAUCAUUAUAUAAAGAACCAGACUGGUCCACCAAACUGGAGACUGUGAAAGAUAAUAUUGUCCAAAGGCUUGCUGAUGGCAGCGUCAAUUGGAUAGAGAUGCAUACAAAACUGACAAAAUACUGUUCAGAAAAAGACAACUUCAGCCUGACAGAUGUGUGGGCAGCACUGACUGUGUCUAACAUGGUGAAAGAGAUAGAUGAACACAAACUCACAGAGCAGAGGGGCAACUACACCAAUGACCCGUAUCCCAUUUACACUGUGAUUGACAAGCAGUGUAAAUAUGAUAGAGUGGAUGCAGAUCCUUGGUUUGAAAUCACUCCUGAUGAGUCAGGUUAUUCUCUCUCUGGAGUCUUUGUGGAUUCCUCCUGUUGGGGAAGUGAGUUUGAAAAUGGGAAGAAGAUUAAAGACCAGCCUGAGAUUGACAUGCUGUACCUACAAGGCCUGUGUGGUAGUGCCAUUGCAGAUAAGGAAGCGAUCCUCAAAGAGAUUUCUAAGAAACUACAGUGCCUAAAGGGGAUAAGUGAGCACAAAGGUCUCCAGGUGCUCUUAACACUUGUGAAACUGAACCUUUCUGUGUUAAGAGAAGAGGAUGCAAAAGAUCACCUCAAAAACUUAGAGGACCUCCUGAAAGAUAAAUGUGAGGAAAUAGAAAGGAUGAAUCUCUGUCUAGAAAAGCUGCUGACACCAGAAGGGAUAAUCUCUAAGACAGAGUUGAAGAAAUACACCAUGCAUGUAUGCAGUUCUCUCACUGAGAACGCUCAGCCUCCUGGAGCACUCGACUCUCCACCUAAAGACAUUUAUAUUUUCGCUAAAUCCAUACUGAACGUUUUGGGCUGGAUAUGGGGAACCACUUACAACUACCUCUACAGAAUGAAAGUGGAAGGUGUUGACCCCAGUGUCCUUAACUCAAAGACGAGAGAUCAUGAAGACGCUGGACUGUUACUCAACUCACCUUAUUUCUCAGUGCUGAGAAAAGAACGAGACAUCGACCUCAUCAUUUCCCUUGACUUCAGUGCAGGAGAUCCCUUUGCGACGGUGGUUCACGCUGCUAAAAAGUGCAAAGAACUUCAGAUUCCUUUUCCUGAAGUUGUUGUACCUGCUGAAGAUACAGAGCCACAGGACUUCUAUGUGUUUAGAGGAUACAGCAAAGCUCCAACUGUGAUUCACAUGCCUCUUUUCAAUGCAGUUAACUGCAAAGGAGAAGUUGAGAAGUGGAAGAAAAGAUAUCAGACUUUUCAAAUGAGCUACAGUCGUGAAAUGAUCACAGAUCUUCUGGGGAAAGCUGGAUUAAACAUUGAAAACAACAAGGAGAAACUGCUCAAAGAGAUUAAAAACAUCAUUAAAGAGAAUAAAACUUCCAGCCAUGCAUAAAAUCUGAUUACACCUGAAUAAAACAUAUUAAUAUUAAUACUCCAAAUAUCUAGAUCUGAGUGGUCAGUAAGUUUGGUCACACUUUAUUUUGAUAGUACUCUAUAGAUGAUCUACAGAUACUUAUUAACUUUUUGUUAACUUUUUGGCAAUGCUCAGUUGCUUAUUAACAACUUUAAUAAUUAGAGUUAAGUGAAGAUUUUGUGUUUAAGUUAAAGUUAGGCUUAGGUUUAGAGUUAGACUUCAUAGAAUAUUUCACGCUCAAUCUCAAGUUCAGUUAUAUAUACUUGGCUUAUAUCUGCUUCAGAAAAGUUGUUGAUUUUCAUAAGCACAGUUAUGUGCUUUUAUUGUAAGUACUACACAACAUUUAACAAAAUGCGUAAUCAAUUUUUAUUAUAAAGUUAUGAAUUUGUAAAAUUCAUAUGAAAGGAUACUAGGAAGCAAUACAAAAAUUCAUUACUCUUUAUUAUCAUUAACACGUGCAAGAGGCAGAAAAUUACUAGAUAUGAAGAAGAUCUACUUUACAACACAUAACACAAAAAGAUCUACUGAUAACAUCAAUUAAGGGUUCAUAAUGUGUUAUUAAAUGGUGAUAAUCAACUGAAACCAGCCUUCUUGGUUAACGUUGUUCAUUAUUUGAUUCAGAC